CCGAGGACGACCGGGGUCUCCUCUCCUCGACGCUCCUCGUCGCGUUUCCGCCAUGCGACGAGGGCGAGGCAGUUUGCGCCGCCGUCUCUUCGCCCGCGAUUGCGCUGCCAUCUCUUCUCUUCAGUCAUUCCCUUCUGGCUCGUCGAAGGCUUAACUCCAUCUCGUCCCGGUUCCAGUCUUCUUUUUCUUCUUAACUGCUCUGGCACUUAGUCAUCUUCCGAAGAAUUGCAGAGUCGUAAAAUUUACAACUGCCCUUGGAAAUUGCUGAAAUUGCAAAGCUCCUUUGUUUGAUCAGCCUCCCAGAAUACCGGGGCUACUAGCCAUUUUGGGGCUACAUCGAUGCAGACUUUGAGGUGGUUGCAGAGUGGAAGAGAGUGUGGAGGAUGUAUGGUUGUGGUUUCGUUGGAUAACAAGUAUGCAUUAAUGCAGGAGGGGGAAGGGGAGAGAGAGAGAGAGGAAAGAGAGGAAGUGCAAGAGGACGAGAACCAAAGACUUGGCGUCAAGACCGAACAGCCAGGGACGACAUCAUUGGAGAUGGUGAGCUCAGGUCUUGGGUAAGUUGCGCUCUGCAACUCUCAUGGAAGAAUCUAGAAGACGGGAGUGACGGAGAAAGAGGUGGUUGGUCGCCUGUCCGACUCACAGGCAAAUCCCACGCAAUUCAUGCGGUGUCAAGCGGGAUCUGAAAGGAGAACAAGCUUGUGCAGUGUCGGUUGGUGCUUCUGAUCGGAGUGUGCAUGUGGGUUGGUUGGGUGUAUUUUCCGUGCGGGAAAUCUGCAUGCACUGUCCGAGGGAGUGGUACGUGCAGUUUCCUUUGUUGUUUGGCAGGAAGAAGUAAGAGUGGCUUCAUGUGGGAAAGUUUGUGAGUGGGUUUGGUGUGUGUGUGUGUGUGUGUGUGAGAGAGAGAGAGAGAGAGAGAGAGAGAGAGAGAGCAGGUGAGCAGGCAAUAUGGACGGAAUGAAUUCUGAUGGAGAGGACACACCGAUGGUGCGGAAGCUAGUGGUCCUCGGAUUGCCAUGGGAUACAGAUACGGAUGGUUUAAGGCAAUACAUGAGCAAGUUUGGGGAGUUGGAGGAUGUGGUAGUCAUGAAGAAUCGGGCUACGGGCCGCUCAAGGGGAUUUGGAUAUGCUACAUUCUGCAACUCGAAUGACGCAGAGAAAGUCAUUCAACUCAAGCAUGAGCUUGGCGGGCGGAACAUUGAAGUCAAAGUCGCUACCCCUAAGGAGGAAAUGAAGUCUGCUGUUAGACAAGGGAUCACAAGGAUCUUCGUUGCGCGGAUCCCUCACUCUAUAAAUGAUGACAGCUUUCGAGGGUAUUUUGAGAAGUUUGGAAACGUCACCGAUGCGUAUAUGCCCAAGGACCACACAUCCAAGAGGCAUCGAGGUAUUGGCUUCAUCACCUUUGAAAACUCUGAAUCUGUCGACAAGAUAAUGAAAGAUAUUCACGAGUUGGAUGGGCAGCCUGUUGCGAUUGAUAGAGCCCAGACAAAGGAGGAGAGCUAUGGAAGAUGGGGUACUGGUAUGGGUCUCGGGAUGGGGUUGGGCAUGGGAAUGAUGGGCAUGGGCAUGGGGGGAAGGUUUGCAGGGUGGGGUGGUUCUGGUAUGGUCACCUCUUUUGAUGGAUACUCUGGAGCGGAUGGGUCUACAUACGACCCCUCAUUGGCACAGCACAUGCAGCAGUAUGGCAACCUGCCAAUAGGAAGCGUGUUCGGUCCUAAUUCGCUCGGUGGUGCGGCAGGGCAGGGAGGGAUUGGAGGGAGAUCGAGCCUUGAUGGAGCACGCGGAGGAAUUAUGGCCCCAGGAAUGUUGAGGGGUGCACUUGGUAUGGGCAUUGGGACGAAGAUCUUUGUUGGAAGGCUACCACCGGAGACCACAUCUGAAGAUCUUCGGCGUUACUUCAACAAUUUCGGAAGGAUCUUGGAUGUUUACAUCCCAAAGGAUCCAAAGAAGAACACACACCGUGGUUUUGGCUUUGUGACAUUCGAGAAUGACGCAGCAGCUGAUAGAGUCGCAUCUCGGAGUCAUGAAAUUCACGGUCACCCGAUUGCAGUGGACCGUGCGUCACCAAGGGAUGAAGCGGCGGCUGCAGCCACUGCAGGAUCCCUUGGCAGUUCUGCAGCUGUUGUGGGGACAUCUGCGACAACUGGCGGCGUCGGUGGGCCGCUGAGAAGUACCGGAAUGGUGAGCUCUGCUUAUGGAACUGUAAGUGGAGGAUCGGACAUGGGCACAUAUUACACUGAUCACAACACGAAUGACAGGAACUGUCACAGCAGUGGCUCUGGUGGGAUUCGCAGAUGAGAUGCGAAACAUCAGUCCUCUUUCAGGGAAGUGUCAGAUGAACACUCUGCGUGAGUGCUGACCUAUGAUUGGGGUCAGACUUGAGACCAAUCUUAUUUUAGCGCAUACCUUCCAGGGAAGAGUCGUUUCCGGAGCAGUGGAGAAAAAAAGGAGAAAAACACGAUUGGGUUGUGCGGUGCAAUGCUGGACUUCUUAGGAUGCGUGUGUGGUUGGGAUGAUCAAGGGAUAAGACUGAGCAUCGAUUCUCCCUUUUGAGCAGUGUUCUUCUGCUCCCAUCCAGUCAGCUAUGACUGGAUGCGCAGUAUUGUACGGAGAACAACGGGAUGCAGAGUAUUGUACGGAGAAUGCUCGAAGCGUUCGGAAUGUUGUACUGGCAUUAGAACGCUUGAAGCAUCCGCGACAUGAUGCUGCCAUCUAGGCACGUGCACGCAUUCUCUGUUAGUUAAUGGAUGUAGGAAGCUGGGAUCGCAAUUCAUUCCUUUCUCUUCUGCAUGCGUGUGGAUUGAUGAUAGGUAUUGCCGGUUCUAUCAGGACCGUCUUAGCCUGCGAUUGAUGUCCUAGCUAGCGACAUUGCUGUUGCCUUGUCGUUCCCUCGCUGCUGGAGAUCUGGAUUUGCAUAGGAAUGUCUCCAAGCAAAAGAAGGUUUUCGCAUGAGUGUUGGUCCUUGGUCUACGCCCGGUGGUUUUUGGGGGCGAUUUGAUGAGGGACCUAGCUAACGCGUUAAACACUCCGCCUAGGGAGUACGGUUGCAAGGCUGAAACUCAAAGGAAUUGACGGGGGCCUGCACAAGCGGUGGAGCAUGUGGUUUAAGGUAGGUUUCCUCUGUUCUCUUCUUUUGUUGGUUGCUGUUCUCUCCUAUCUGGUGCCCGAUCAUCGCCUGUCUUGUUUGAGCGUUUGGUAGCGAUUGAACUCUGUAUUUGUUUUUGACGAAACCUGUGGGGUUUUGCUUUUCCAUUGUACUGUUUAGCAGUUCAUUCAUGAUGGGCACAUGUUGUGCUGCAGCUUCCGUAACAUGCUCCGAUCGCAGAGCUACCACCGACGGCCAGCUUGGCCGCUCGCUAUAACCACUGGACAGAUUCCGAAUAAGGAGAGGAUCACAAGUGCCAUCUGCCCCUGCGCCUCUUCGCUUGGGAGUCUCUUGAUGCCGAGGAUCGACCGGAAAGUGGCGGGGUGAGCGGUCGACAGUUUUGUAUGCUUGCAGCUCUAUACUGAAAAAAAAAUGUGCUAUUGCGGUUUCCCAGCUGGCUGAUAUAUGCCUAGCUUCAGGGCGAUUUGGCUGGUGGAUUGUCGUGAAGGUUGCGCUUCGCAACGGAGAUCUGUUUGCAAGGAGAGAGGGGAAAUGUCCUUGCCUCACAUCAUCGUUGAAAGGUGGUGGUGAGGGUGGGGGAAGUUUUUGGCGUUGCCUGCUCGUCUCCUCCUAUUAUGUUUGUUUUGAUAUCCUGUUAUGUCCGGUUAUGUCUUUGAAGGCAGGAAGUGACAUGCACUGGACGUAUUCAGUCGCGUGGAAACAGCCUGGCAAGAUGUUUGUCUCCAAAUUUGUUUGUUGCUCGGUGCUCGAGUCGUGUUGCUCUCUCCGUCUGUGAUUGACAUUCUCCUCUGCCGGAGUGAUUGAUUCUCCGUUCUCUGUUAGAAGCAAGCGAAGGUGAGUUUCUUUCUUAGCUCUUGGUCGGCUGAUUCUCUUCCCUGGAAUGUGAACACUAGCCUCAGCAUGAGCUGGCCAAAUGUUGUCGCUUGGAGCGAAAGUCUAGUGAAGGAUCUCUACCUUAUGAUUGCACAUUUACCGUUCCGGAGCGCAUCUGACUCCUUUUGAGUUGUUCGGGAGAAAGGUAUACGUCUCUUUUUUUGUUCUAAUGUUUAUCGCUCCUGAUGUUGUUCUUAUGAGUGCUUUUGAGUUGCGCGUCAUCUCAUAUAUCCAGAUGUUGCUCUCGAGUGGACAAACAGUAUGAGGGACAUAAGGGAUAAAAUGUCUCGACGUGCUUGUUGAGAUGGGAGGAACGGUAUCAUCGCUGCAUGCUUUGCCUCCUUUGUAGGAGCGUUGUGAUGUCUUAUUCGGUUUUGAACUUCUGAUUUCUUUUGAACGGCAAAGCAAAGAUACUAAUGGUGGAUGGAUCCACGUUGGGCACAGCGUUGUGCUUUUGUUUUUGCCGUUUUGAAUAACAGUUGGCCACCGUGCAUAAGAUGGG